AUGAAGGAUUGGAAGGGCCUGUGCAUGAUGGUGAAGCUGACUGUGCAAAAUUGUCAGGCCAAGGUGUCGGUGGUGCCAUCGACGGUGGCUCUGGUCAUCAAGGCACUGAAGGAGCCGGAGUGUGAUCGGAAGAAGACGAAGAAUAUCAAGCACAACGGGAAUAUCUCCCUCGAUGACGUCGUUGAGAUUGCCAAGGUUAUGCGCCUUAGAUGCAUGGCCAAAUACCUUAGUGGGACCUCCGAUGGUGACGUGGAAGUCCCUCUGGACUGA